AUGCCGAAACCAUUUGACAGACGAUUGCUCAAGGCAAUCCGUCGAAAGGUUACCGCCCCCUUAAAGCGUCACCUGGUCAACAAGCGUGAAAAGGUUUUGCAGCCAGCCCAGGAUGACAAGCCUUCGGUGACGCUCGCAACUCAUGUGCCAGUGCCACAAACUAGCCCAGACUUUUACGAGAAACAGGCAGCGGAGGUGGAGGAAUGCGGCCCAACCAUACGCGAUCCAAAACGAGCUUCAGGAAUACACGAUUUUGUCGUCGAUGGUGGAGACCAAGAUCAUGUGCCGUCUACUGACGCCGGCGUGGCAGCCGAUCGUCAAUCUCUGCAUAACAAAAAGGACAAACCCCAGCAGGCAUCAGUUGCCCAGGACUCUCAACACCAGCACCGUUCGACCGCAACACCUUCAGACAUCCACCGAGAGCGGCCCUCAUCUGCAAAUACCACAUUGGACGUCAGCCAAACACCGCGAGCUACAUCGGACAGGACGUCAAUGGCGGUCGCGGACAACCCGGUUGAGCGACAUGAAGUAUCUGGCUACGCCCCGAGCGGUCCGCUACCACCGCUUCGAAAUGAACAGCUCCUGACCAUGCAAUCCCGACUGCUCAGGAAGGUAGAACAGCGGAACAGUGUCGGAAAGGCACUCGACCGCACAGGUUUUGACCGGCCUUGCAGCAAGGGCAACGUGAUGAGCCGGGAUCACAAGCUCAUGACCGAACGGACGCAGAUCCAGCAGAAUGUGCAAGCGUCCAGCCAUGCCCGUGUUCUUCGGCGAGAGCAAGACACACAAUUCACGUGCGCUGCGGCAGUUGGGGGAGGCCACAACAGGAAGUGUGACAUUGUUGCCCGAGUACCAGCACAAGUUUGUGACGACUCACACCAUCGGGGAGGCACUGGUAUCCAACCUUCGUACAUGCAGAAAGCGGCAGUGCACAAACCACAACGACAUAUUGGCCGCCUCACAAAAGAUAUGAGUGAACCCAAUACCAUCGCUAUCCAGAUGCAAAAUACCGUGAUGGGGGUGGCAGUUGAACAGCCGGGGAGCUAUGGCAGAAGACGAGUCAGAGCACAAUUGGGACGCCCAGCAAAGGAUCUUGCUAAAUCUCAAUCACCUUGUGUGCUCGCGCCAGAUUCAAUGAUGUCGGUUACGGAGGGUUCACAGGGACCACAAUUACAGACCGUCGCCCCCGGGAAACCUAGCUCGACUACAUAUAAUUUAUCCCGGACGGGAAGCAUCGGCCUGCCCCAGGAGACCCGGAUGACUAUUGUUCCUGUCGACUCAUUUCAGCAGCAUCGACUCUCUAGAGCCGGAACACUCACCGACCAUAGUGUCGACCCGCUGAAGACUCCCUCAGCGCCAAGAAGGCAGCUGCGACUAGGACUAGCUACAACUAGGGCAAGUCCUACCAUCGGCAAAACCCAGAAGCUGAUAUGUAGCGCGCUGAUCAAGGAGGCUUACGGAUAUCAUGCACGUGUAUGUCAAGUCCGGGGAGUUGCCGAAUCAUAUGCGCGUGCCUUUGGCCUGGAGGUCGCAUCCAGCCUUUACGAGUAUGUUGUGAUGCAGUGCACCUUCGACGCGGCUCACGCCACUCUAAUGGUCAGCCUCUGUGCGAUCGUCUCGGUCACGGAUCCGGUGAGUGAACAAGCUUGCGAAGAUGGGGAUCCCAACAAGCACCUCAUUCCAAUUGAGCCCAACGAGCCACUUCCGAAUGGGAUACAAAUGCAGGCUGGGUUCGGAGAUGGAGGGCGCCAUUUUGGCGGGCACAGCUGGAUCGAUAUCAGCAAGGUAUACCAGGUCCCAGUUGAAUUCAUCAAAGCCAGUCGUGACGUAUCGCUCAAGCUGUGCAAAAGCUCGUGGCAGAAAAUGAGGGAGAAACUGUCCAUGGGAACGUAG